AGUAAUUGUCGCUGUAUCGGCCUGAGCUUCCGGUUCUGGGUCCCCGGGCGCAGUGAGUGAGGUCGGUGGUGAAAGCGGCGGCCUCCUCCUGUGGGUGGCGGGUGCCAUGGCGGAGCUGGUGCCGGGACAGAGCGCGGCUCCCGUGGGGAUCAAGUCAGAGGGAUUCGCGGACGCGCUGCACCACCGGGUCCGGCAGAUUGCUGCUAAAAUUGACGGAAUCCCGCACUUGAAUAAUGCAGGAUCUCUUGUGGACCCAACGGUGUACGGUUAUGGCAUCCCAAAAAGACCGCUUGAUGACGGAGCCAAUUCAGGAGCCGAGCACAGCUGUCCUUCAUGGAAUUGGGUUGGCAACCAGCUAGGGGCUCUAGUACAUCAAAGGACUGUGAUGACAGAAGAAUUUAAAGUGCCUGAUAAAAUGGUGGGAUUCAUAAUUGGACGGGGUGGGGAACAAAUUUCACGAAUCCAAACGGAGGCUGGCUGUAAAAUUCAGAUUGCGCCAGAUAGCGGUGGAAUGCCAGACAGGCCCUGUGUCCUCACGGGAACACCGGAAAGCAUAGAGCAUGCAAAGCGUCUCUUAGGUCAAAUCGUGGACCGCUGUCGAAAUGGGCCUGGUUUUCACAGUGAAAUGGAUGGCAACAGCACUGUCCAAGAGAUCCUCAUCCCAGCAUCUAAAGUUGGCUUAGUUAUUGGCAAGGGGGGAGAGACCAUCAAACAGCUGCAGGAGAGGACUGGUGUUAAAAUGAUCAUGAUCCAAGACGGCCCAUUACCAACAGGUGCAGACAAACCCCUUCGGAUCACAGGAGACCCUUUCAAAGUGCAGCAAGCAAGAGAGUUGGUACUAGAGAUCAUCAGAGAAAAGGACCAGGCUGAUUUCAGAGGUUUACGCAACGAUUUCAGCAGCAGAAUGGGAGGUGGCAGCGUAGAGGUGUCUGUACCUAGGUUUGCUGUGGGAAUCGUAAUAGGAAGAAAUGGGGAAAUGAUUAAGAAAAUUCAGAAUGAUGCCGGCGUAAGAAUUCAGUUUAAACCAGAUGAUGGAAUCAGCCCUGAAAGAGUGGCGCAAGUAAUGGGCCUCCCUGACCGGUGUCAGCACGCUGCGCAUAUCAUCAAUGAGCUCAUUGUGACUGCACAGGAAAGGGAUGGUUUUGGCGGCCUGGCAAUCGCUAGGGGUCGGGGGCGCAGUCGUGAGUGGAAUAUUGGUACGUCAGGAGGAAUGCAAGAGAUCACCUACACUGUGCCUGCAGACAAAUGUGGACUUGUCAUCGGUAAAGGUGGUGAAAAUAUCAAAAGCAUCAACCAGCAAUCGGGGGCCCAUGUGGAGCUUCAGAGGAAUCCCCCACCCAACACAGACCCAAGCAUCCGGAUAUUCACCAUCCGAGGCAUCCCACAGCAGAUUGAGAUGGCCAGGCAUCUCAUUGAUGAGAAAGUAGGGGGCACGGCAAUCAGUGGUCCAGGCAGCUACGGGCAGAGUCCAUUCAGCCAACCGCAUGCGACACCUCAUCAAAAUGGUCCUCAGGCGUUUUUAACGCAGGGUUGGGGUAGCACUUACCAAGCAUGGCAGCAGCCUGCGCAGCAACUUCCAGGUCAACAGAGCCAGCAGCAGAACGCGCAGCCAGACUACAGCAAGGCAUGGGAGGAGUAUUACAAGAAGCAGACCCAGGCUGCCAGCGCCACCUCACAGCCAAGCUCCCAACCAGAUUACACAUUGGCAUGGGCAGAGUAUUACAGACAACAGGCUGCGUACUACGGACAGUCAUUGGGCCAGGGGCAAGCCCAUAGCCAGGAGCAGUAGAACAAUUGUCCAGUUGAUGAUUUUUUUUUCUCCCUUCGGAAUCAAGGCAGGAGAAGAACCUUAAUUUGUAACACGUUCAUAGAUUUGACAGCGUUUGAGGAAGACUUUUUUGUUUUUACAACACUAGUCCUAGAGUUAAAUCUAUACUGAACUUUGCUAAGAAUCAGGAUUAUAUAAUAAAACUAAAGAUUUAAAUGUGCUGGGUUUAUAUUUUUUUUUUUUGUUUUUUCUUUGCAUUUUUGUUUGCUACCCUUGAAAAAAAAAAGUGUUAACAUGAAUUCUUUUUGGAACCGAUUACAUUGAAGAAAAAAAAAAUGAACCAAAAAAAAAUGACAUGUAUGUAAAUUUAUAUUCCUCCACUGUGUACCCCUGCCCCCCCUUGGUGCUGAUAUUACAAGAUAUUUGUCUCAAUUUUUUUUUUUGUGUAGCAUUUUGUCUAUUGGACAGUGCAGCUUGGAGGUCUUAUCAUGAAAGUUUAAACAAAAAAUUAUUGAUACAAAAAUGUACACCACCUCUAUAAAAAGAAAUUUUUAAAUGUGUAUUUAAAUAUUCUUAACUGUAAAUUCUUUAAAUGUUUUACGUCUAAUUUUUCUCUGGUAUUAAGACUGUAUUUGAUUUUAUUGCAUUGUUUUUUUGUUAUAUUUUUUAAAGAGAAUUAUCAAUCUGUUACUUGGAAAUGAUUGUUCAUUCUGAAAAGUGAAUAUAUGAAUCUAUUUCUUGAGACAAGUAUUGUGUGUUGGGGUUAUAAAGGGAGGGGGGAGCAGGGCCAUAUUUUGUAGGCUUUGUUUGUAUAAUAACCAGGGUUUUGAAGCGUUAAUAUAAAAAAAAUGAUUGUUAACUCCUCUUCUUCCAGAGGGAAUUGCUAUACAUCGCAGUGCAAUGUAACCCAAGUCCCUCUGGCAGAGGAGGGGUGUAUUUUAUAAAGCAAUGUUUAUCAAUUAUUCAGUUGCCUCUGUAUAUCAGGCUUCCAAGCGAUAACAGGAAAAUUUACCUUUUUUUGUGCUGUCAGAAAAAUAAAUGCUAUUAUUUUUAAUAUGAAAGAAUUCAGCUGUUAAAAUCUUUAAUGUAAACACUGUGGAACAUUUACCAGUAUGGAGACGUUUAAAAAAGAAUCAUUAUAACUAUUUUUUAACUCCAGGGGUUUUUUUUGUGUUUUUUCUUUGUUUUAAAUAUUUUCAUAUCUAAUUGUCAAAUUUAUCAUAGAAAAUAAAUUCUAGUAUUAACCACAGUAUGUGCUAAAAAAUACUUUUUGAUUUAAUAAAAGGGAUAUGAUUUUGAA